GUCUGGCAGGCCUUGUUCGAGAAGCUGCCGAAAUGGGACGUCCGGGUCUUGGUCUUCCACCGCUACUACCCGGCCUGGCUGCUCUCGCUCUACGGCGAGUACCAGAGGGAUUACAUGGUGGACACAGCCCACAACCCGAUGUCUUUGCUGGAGUUCGCAUUGGAGGGCCCUGGUGCUCAGCUCUCACCACGGCGGACGCUCGAACGCAUCCAGGACGCGCUCAGCGUCUGCAAGGGCGGCGAGACGGCACAGUGCAGUGUGCAAGGUGCUUCGUAUGAUCUCUUCCAGCACCAAGGCUACGAUCAGUAUGAGUACGUCGUCCUCAACGUGACCAUGGAUCUCCAUGGCCAAGAAUUUCUUGCAGCUAACCGGAGCCUUUGGCAGACGUGUCCACACCGCAGCUUCAUCCAUGCCUCUCCGGCAAACCUCACACUGGCUGUGGACAUCGUCCGCCUGCUGAAAAACUCGCAUCAAGCGCGGGGCUGCACCUCUGAGUUCCAGCUCUCGGCCUCGAAUCGCGAAGUGCUGGAGCUGGCGAACAAGGAUGUCUUGCCCGUUGCCUGCAUGGACAUUGGAAAUCUCCUCGCGGAUGACUCCGCCAGGUGGUUCGAGAACGCUCAUGUCACGCCGCCGACCUACCACAAGGAUUCGCAGUUCUGCCAGAUUCAGCAGCAGGCGCUGAAGCCGGAGCACUGGAAAGUGAUGCACGCUCUCGCCGGCUGCCGUUCGGAGACGGCGUCGGAGGAGACCGAAGGCUCCGAGCCGAACGCGAAAGGCUCCGGGGGCGCGGGCCGAGAGAAGCGAGAGAAGCGCGAGGGCCUUUGGAGCAUGAAGUCCACCAAGUCCAGCAAGUCCAGCGGCAUGGCCGACCUGGGCGACGUGGGCAUGCUCUCCCAACGGGGGACUCACUUGACUUUGGAGGCAGCGGAGCCUCAGGAUGCUGAGGCGGACCCCGGCCGGAGCUUCUUCGUUCAAAGCCCCCAAGUCCCGGUGCGAUCUGCGUUGCCAGCUUUGGAUCUGUCUGGAGUGACACCAACAGCUGGAGCUGGAGUGGACUUCUCCGAGCGUGGCUCCAGCCUGCCAGCCCUGCCGACGAAGCGGCUCUUCGGGGAUGAGGCUCCUGCCGCUCCCGCCGCUCCCGCCGCUGAGGAGAGCUUCGCCGGUGUGGGCGCCGCGCCGGUGGGUGGUCUUGGAGGUUUGUUCGGUUUGCCCUUGGAGACGAGCCAGCUACAGCUCAGCUCCGAGCCGGUGGUGGUGCUCCCGCAGGCCAAAGGCCUCAACGACUACGACUCCGACUCCCAAAAGGCCGCGCCGAGGGGCGGACUGGCCAAAAGCGCAGGUACUGCCUUUCCCCACAAAGGGAAACAGAAGCAGAAGGCUACCCUUCCCCAGCAUGGCCAGGGCCGUGCGCAGGCCCACGCCGGCGCCCACGCCGGCGCCCACGGCGGCGCCCACGGCGGCCUUCAGAAGCCCAAGAAGGCCUUUGAGGACGGCAGCUCUGCCUCGGCGGCUUUUCCAAAAGUGGUUCUUCCUCCCAUCUCCAAAGGAUCGGGCGCCCCUUCGGAGACGUUGCUGGAUCAUUUGGAGGGCCUUCCCAGCAAGAAGCCCGGAGUCCCGGGGAUGGCAGGCGUCUUCAGCGACGAGCAGGCGCGCCCGAUCCUGCGAGCGAAGAGCGCGGGUACCGGCAAAAGCCAGGAGGAGUAA